UUUACAUCGCGCUUUGAGUUCACCAUCACCUCUAUGUUCUAUUGCUAUCUCUCUCGACCCAACUGAAUUUGUAGAGAGCGCCGCGGUGCGAAGAGUGCCGACCGGUAGACGCGACUUGGCCAAGUUGAAGAGCGACGUGCCUGCAUCCACCAGUCGAACCUCGCCAACUGUUUUCCGCUUGACUCGACACAACUCGAGCGAACGACGCUCCCGGCCAACGAACCAAAGCCAGCUUCGACUUGUAGGCUUCAAGGACGAGAAGCGACCGACCUUCCGGUCCCAUGACUGCGCCAACAGGCAAUGGCGAUGUGCCUGCGCCGGACGCAGGCGCGGCCGUCGUGUCCAAACCAAAACGCGUUCGCACCGGAUGUUUGACGUGUCGCGAGCGCCAUCUCAAGUGCGACGAAGGAGCUCCCAUCUGCCAGAACUGUCGCAAGUCCAAUCGCCAAUGUAAACGCGGUCUGCGCCUCAACUUCAUCGACACCAACUGCCAGGGACCUCCGCAAAAGGCUCCCACUCUGGAAUGGAAGGUAGACUUCGUGGACGAGUCUCGCGAAAUUGCGUCCGAGUACGUCGGAGGUCUUGAAAAGUACGGCGCAAAGGACGCGCGCCCUUCGCGGCCAUCAAUCGUCCAGCCGCAGCUGCAAGCCACCGACAUGACGGGCAUGCCCAUGUUCGAAUACAACCCGGCUGCUGUAGCACAUGCACAUGCUCAAGCACAAGCUCAGGCACACGCUCAAGCACAACAUGCACACGCUCAAGCCCAGGCACAAGCCCAAGCUCAUGCUCAUGCCCACGCUCAAGCUCAAGCCCAUGCUCAAGCUCAGGCCCAUGCUCAAGCACAAGCCCACGCCCAGGCGCAGGUGCAAGGAGCUACUCCGUCUGCCCCAAAUAUGGCAUACCAACCGCUUCCAUCUAUCCAGGGCAUACUCCCCGAGUCAUAUCCUCAGGUCGAGGAUCACAAGUAUGAUGCCUAUAACACAUCAAAUCAUGCCACUCAAGAUUCUCCUUUCUCGAAUCAACAGAGGAACUCAAUAUCAGCCUACAGUCAACAGCAAGAUCAAGAUGACCCCGCUGAAGGCAGACGCGAAUUUCUGACUACCCAAGAGGAGACUUUGUUCAUGCAAGUUUUCGUCGAGGAGGUCGGCCUCUGGAUGGACAGCAUGGAUCCGAUGAAACACUUUUCCCGCUUGCUACCCUUCCAUUCGUUAGGCGAGCCAAUGCUACUGAACGCCUUCUUGGCGUGUGGUGCCCGCCACUUAGUCCUCGUCAAUUCUGCUUACAGUGAAGAAAAGGCUCUGCACUAUUACGAUACUGCAACCCGAUACCUUCUCAAGAACCUUCAGAAUCCUAACCGCGACACUAUCGUUUGUGCAACUACUGCGGUAAUUUUGAACGUCUAUGAGAUUAUGAGCGAGCGCGCGCUACAAAGGAUGAAUCAUAUUGCAGGUGCGCGUGCUCUCAUCAAAGAAUGUGGAUGGAACGCGCGUUCAUCAGGCAUUGGUGCUGCUUGCUUCUGGCUGAACGUUGGACUGGAGGUCCUGAGUUGUCUCCACUUCAACUGGCAGGUCGCUUGGGAUCCUGAUGACUGGGGCAUUGAUAUGGAUUUCAACCGCGAGAUUCACAACGGUCGGGAAGAGAUCUGGACUCAUCGCAUGUUGUACAUCGUUGCAAAGGUUGCGAACUUCAGAGCUACCAUACCUCGACACCAGGAGCAAGACCAGCGUGAUGAAGAAAUGCGCCGCCAAAACAGGUACGGUGAAUGGCAGAAGUUGAAGUCUUGGACAGAUGCCUGGAACGACAACAUCCCACGUACCAUGCACCCUAUGGCCUACCUCUACCCUCAGCACACUUCAUCCAAAUCUUGUUUCCCAGAAGUAUGGUUGAUCAAGCGUACAACCAUUGUCGCUCGCCUCUUCUACCACACCGUUAUGGUCCUUCUCUCACAAAUCCAUCCCUAUUUUGGUCUGGAUAACCCUGAAAUGCACGACAUGCAGCACCGCCAUUCGCAAAUGAUCUGCGGUAUUACGGCUCACGUCAAAGACAGAGGAGUUGCUAGUGUAGCUAUCCGUUCCUUGGCACACGCUGCUGAGUGCUUGACCGAGCGUCGCGAACAAGAGGAAGUGCUUCAGAUCUUCCAGAAAAUCAACAAGGAGACCGGAUGGCGCAUCAACUUUGUUUUCAAAGAACUCAAGGAGAAGUGGAACUGGCACGACGAACCUCAGCCACCUCCACAGCCUGUGGCCCCUGUCUCGACGUCACUGCUCACGAGCCCUGUGCCAAUGCAGCAACAAUACGGACAAUACUCGACCACUAUCUCGAGCGUUGCCGCGCCUGCACCCGCGCAGCCUCCAGCUGCGAGCAGACGUCCCCCAGCGGGCAUGGUGAACCCAAUGUUUGCCAAUGCCGAUUUCACCAUGCCAUCACACCCAUAUCAGAACGUGUAUGUGGCACCCAACCCCGUCACCAACCAGUCUGCAUUGUAUUAUCAAGCCUAGUGCACGACAGUUCGUGUAAGAAAACCUCUGGGCAACUUCUACCAUGGCAUGGACUACAUAUUGAUUCCCAAUUUUGUGGUUCUCUAAUUCUGUCUUUUUUAUUCGAUCCAUGCGGAUAAACGCCCGCGAAUACCGCGUAUACCGCGUAAUGUCUCGUUGAGAGGUUUCCUGAAAGUCCAGGAAGAAGGAAUGGUGCCAAAACGAUCUGAUCAUGUCUGACACGAAAGAAAAAGGAGGGAUUGGUGGUUUUGUUCAUGCGGCGUUACAUGGUGCAAUAAUGAAUCUGAUCUUUUUGCUCGUCUGCUGCAUUUUGCUAGCUGAAAAACUGUUAUGCGUUUACUAGACCAUAUAUAUACCCUUGUUAUCU